AUGAAAAGUUUUAUUUUAUUUUUACUUACUAUAUUUGUAUUUAUUGUUACAUCAAGUCAAUCAUCAUACUCACCAUCAUGGAAAAAUUAUUAUAAUAAUUUUUUAUUAGAAUUGCCUGGUAACAACAAUUUUAGAUGUUACUUAUAUCAUAAUGAAUAUAUUACUUGUCCAAAUGUGAUAAAACAAUCACAUUAUAAAUAUGAAAGAAUUUCCCUUAUUCUUCAUAUUAGUAGUGAUCGUAAUUUUCAUGAGGUAGAAAAUCAUUUAAAAAAUUAUGAUGGUCCAAUUUCAUUAGGUAUAUAUAUGAAAUCUUCAUUUUCAAAUAAAGAAAAAACUAUUGAAAUAUAUAAAUUGUUAAAGGCAUAUGCUAAAAAAUAUUCUAAACUAUCUGUACAUUUUAUUUUUAAAAUUUCUAGAAAAAAAAAUUAUUAUAAUUAUUUAACGUUAUCUGAAUAUCCAAUAAAUGUUAUAAGAAAUAUUGCUAGAAAACAUUCAGCAACAAGAUAUAUUGUAAUUGCAGAUAUAGAUCAUAUGUUUUCAAAAAAUUUUGAAACAAAAAUGUUAAAAGUAGCAAAAGUUUAUUUAAAAGAAAAUUAUAAUAAUGUUCUUGUAUAUAGAAUUUUUGAAGUUGAAAGUAAAAAUUUAAAAUCAGGACCAAAAAAUAAGGGUGAAUUAAAAAAAUUAAUGAGUAAUAAUAAAGCUUCUGUUUUUCAUCCUUAUAAUAAGAAAGGGCAUUAUAUACCAUAUUUAAAACAAUGGUUUAAAAAAAAUGAUACUACAAAUCCAGGAAUACAAUUUGAGGCAACAUAUAACAGAGCUCAAUGGGAACCACAAUUUGUUUCAUUAAGAAAUAUUCCCUUUCAUGAUGAAAAUUUUCAAUAUCUUCUUCGUGAUAAUAUGCAUCUUAGAUGGGAAUUAUGUAGAGCUAAUUAUAGUUUUCUAGUUGUUAAUGAUGUAUUUAUGUAUCAUUUAGGAAGAAAAAAAAAUGGUGAAAAAAAUUUAAUAGAUAAAAUACGUUAUCAUCUUAAUGGAAAAAAUAAAAACAUUAUGAAAAAAUUUGAGAUAAGAAUGCAAAAAUUAUAUCCUAUAACAAAAAAUAAAUGUCCAAAUAUUUGGAUUUAA